CAUUUUCUAUUUCCACUUUAAUGUUGAUACAUUAUCAAGGCACAUUAUCGCUCUGAAUCUUUAUAGUUAAUUAUGUCGCUCUCAGCGAUGUUAAAAGAGCACCAUCAGCGGACCGCUAGUAGAAAGGAAGAACAAGAGAAAAGAAAGAGGGAGGCAAUUGCUGCUGCAUCCGAAUUUUCUAGUGCCCUUGUUGACCAUCUAAAUGUGGGAGUAUCACAAGCUUAUAUCAAUCAAAAGAAAUUGGAUACUGAGACUCGAAUGCUUCAAUCAAGCGUUACUAGUUUCAAUAAACAAACAGUAUUAUGGUUGAAAUUAGUAGAAGAUUUAAAAAAUUCACUGAAAGAGUUGGGUGAUGUCGAAAAUUGGUCAAAAAGUAUUGAAAGUGAUAUGAAAACUGUUGCCUCGGCCUUAGAAUAUACUUUUAAGCAAGCUUCUCAAAUUCGAUAA